AACUUUUUUGAAGUUCGCUCGGAAUCAGUGCGGUUUACUUCUGUCUCCACUCGGAGUGACUAAGGCAUCAGGAUAUUUCCUUUCUCUCUGCUCUGUAACCACCAUCAUCCCCCGUUUCCUCUGUGUGUCUGUGUGUGUGUGUGUGUGUGUGUGUGUCUGUGUGUGUGUGGGGGGGUCUUUGUUCCGGCAAACACUGAGAAGAGCAGCAGCGGGCUUUUUUAGCUGGUUUUCGGGAAAAAGAAGCUGCGAGGAAGCGGCGGUGGGAUCACAGACAUAGACAGGAUUCCUGCUGGAUCUCCUGGAAGGGAGAGAGAGGGAAGGAGCGAGGAGGCUUGGGGGUUGCUGACAGUGACAGCUUGCUCCCUGGGGUCGCUCCCCCUCCUCUGUGUGUGUGUGUGUGUGUGUGUGUGUGUGUGCACCUCUUUGUGCCUGUGGCUGAGCGAUGGGACGCUGUGAACAGCGGACGAUGCUGCGGUACCUAACCGCCCUCACCGUGCUCUCGCUAGGAGCCGGGAGCAGUGACCCAGCCGGGAACAGCCCUGCGUGCUACGGCGGCUUCGACCUCUACUUCGUGCUGGACAAGUCGGGGAGUGUUCAACAUCACUGGAAUGAAAUAUUCUUCUUUGUCGAUCAUCUAGCUCACAAGUUCAUCAGCCCCCAACUGAGAAUGUCUUUUAUCGUCUUCUCGACCAGAGGGACCACACUUAUGACCUUAACUGAGGACAGGGAACGAAUUCGCAAAGGACUGGAGGAGCUACAGAUGGUGCAGCCUGGCGGUGACACGUACAUGCAUGAGGGUUUUGAGAGGGCCAGCGAACAGAUCUACUACUCCAGUGCUGAGGGUUACAGGACUGCUAGUGUCAUUAUUGCCCUGACCGACGGUGAACUGAUGGAGAACCUUUUCUACUACGCAGAGAGAGAGGCUGACCGGUCACGAAGUCUGGGAGCAACGGUCUACUGUGUUGGUGUCAAAGACUUCAAUGAAACUCAGCUGGCCCGAAUUGCAGACAGUAAAGACCAUGUUUUCCCGGUGAAUGACGGUUUUGAGGCACUCCAAGGCAUCAUCGACUCGAUCUUGAAGAAAUCCUGCAUUGAGAUCCUAGCUGCUGAGCCAUCAAGCAUCUGUGCUGGAGAAACGUUCCAGGUUGUUGUGAAGGGGAACGGAUUUUCCCAUGCGCGCAGUGUGGAUAAAGUUCGCUGCAGCUUCAAAAUUAAUGACACAGUCACCCUCACUAAGAAGCCGUUAGUGGUUGAAGACACCUAUUUGCUCUGUCCUGCACCAGUGCUACAGGAAGUCGAUGGAGCGGUCUUCCUGCAGGUCAGUAUGAAUGAGGGUCUGAGUUUCAUCUCCAGCUUCGUCACCAUCACAACAGUCCACUGUUCGGAUGGAACAAUUCUGGCGAUAGCGCUCUUAAUCCUCUUCCUGCUUCUGGCGCUGGUCCUGCUCUGGUGGUUCUGGCCUUUAUGUUGCACUGUGAUCAUCAAAGAGCCCCCUCCACCUCCCAUGGAUGAUGAGGAAGAUUCCGAUUCUGAAGGCAUGCCCAAGAAGAAAUGGCCGACUGUCGAUGCCUCCUAUUAUGGCGGCCGAGGUGUAGGGGGGAUCAAAAGAAUGGAGGUCCGUUGGGGAGAGAAGGGAUCGACGGAAGAAGGUGCCAAAUUGGAAAAGGCCAAAAAUGCGAGGGUGAAAAUGCCGGAGCAAGAGUAUGAGUUCUCUGAGUUGGGGAUUCAGAACAACAACAGAGCUCGGCAGAUGAAUGCCCCCAGGAAGUGGUACUCACCAAUCAAGGGCAAGUUGGAUGCACUGUGGGUUCUCCUGCGGAAAGGCUAUGACCGGGUUUCCGUGAUGAGACCUCAACCUGGAGACAAGGGUCGCUGCAUUAACUUCACGCGGGUGAAGAGUGAAGCCAAGCCCACCAGCUACCCGAUCUACAACAACAUGAGGAAUGUGGGGCCUCCUCCCAUCUACUGCCCCAACCUCAGCCCUCCUGCCUCUGCCACCCCGUCGCCUGAACCUUCACCUACUCCGUCGCCGACCUCCUCGCUGCCUCCACCGCCCCCAGGACCGCCACCCACCCGGGCCCCACCCCCGUCUCGCCCACCGCCUCGCCCUUCCUUCUGAAGCCACCGGGGGGGGCGCGAGUUGGGUGGCUAACCCUUCGUUUCUGUGGCUGAUGGUGAGGGCACCAAAGUGGGACUGUGUUAAGGCUCCCUGCUGGCCCAAAAGAGAUUCUUCUUCCCUUUUGUCAGUUUUUUUUAUAUAUUGCAGGGUGCCUGCAGCAAAGCAAGCUCCAAACCACACAGUAAUAUCCUUCUGAACUUAUGCCGGUUAAAGUUGGCAUCAUUGUCUUAAACUCGAUCAAUUGUCGCUUUUAAGUUGUGUGAUAUAGUGAUAUUCGGCAGUUACCAUUUUAUAUAUAUCCUUAUUACAUUUUUAGUAUCUUUCUGCAACUAAAAACAAGCGGGAGACCCAACAUUGAACGGCAUGUUGGGUUUUGAGCAGUCUGUCGAGGAGAUUGGUCGUUGAGUUUCGCCCUUCUCUCUGUACAUGGACUGAUGAGAUGGAAGGGGGUUGGGGGUGGGCAGUGAUAUCUGUUGCUGAUUGUGUCACCCUCUUCAGUUUGAAUGUUAUCAGUAACAAAAGCUCUCGUGCCAUCUCCUCACGGGCAUCAGCUGUAAUGCAGUGUCCUGUUUGUAUUGGGGUGGCAGGGGCUACAGAUGUACACAGCAGAUAUGUUGUGGCCUUGAAUCCCAGUGGGGUCCUGCUCUCAUUUGGGGGCCUGUGUGUGUGUGUGUGUGUGUGUGUGUGUGUGUGUGUGUGUGUGUAUGUGUGUGU